AUGUUACAACUUAUCUUUGUAGGGGUGAACUACAACUUUGUCGCGGUGAUUAUUACUGUGGCGGAUCUUCCAGCGCCGCCGAGUGGCGGCGGAAAGAGGAAGAACGUAAGUACACCGCCGAAUCCGAAGGUGUCCAAGGUGGCUUGGAUUGAGCAGCGGGACGGAGGUGGAAUCCAAAAAACCUCCGAGUUUGGAGAAGGGAGCAGGCGGGAGCCAUGGUGCUCUAGUAACGCAAACAGGGAAGGUUCCAGGCGGGAGAUCCGAGGUUCAGAAUAUGCAGCAAACCCUGCCGAAUAUGGCGGUCUUCCAAGACAUGGCGAACCAAUGUCGGGACAUCAAAUUGCCAAUUGCGGCUGCUCAAACCCUUCCAGUCGUGCAACUGGCCUUGAAGGCUGUUGGUGCCGCUCUUGCUCUUGCUGUGCGGAUGGAAACCAGUGA